AUGGAGAAAGAAGACGAUGAAAAAAAGUCUUUUAAAGAUCAAAUUCAAAGAUAUCAUAAAUCAAAAAGGGCACGCUCAAUUUCACCCUCUUCAGCUUCAAAAUCUUCACGUUCGCCUCUCAUUCGACAUCGAAAGAGAAGUAAUUCAAAUUCGAAGGUAGAGCAUGAAAGUGAACGUCAACGACACAAAGAACAUAAUAAAGAACGUAACGGUCGCAAACAUAAAUCAAAAAGGAAAAAAGAAAGUAAGCGAGGGAGAACACGUAUACGCUCGUAUUCGGUCUCUUCGUCUUCUCAUGAUUCUUUUGAACGACAUCACCGUCACUCCAAGAAGAGGCGGAAACGUUCUCUUUCUGUUUCCUCCAGUUGCUCUUCCUCUACAACUGACUCGGAUUCAGAAUAUCAUAAGCAUCAUUCCAAACGUAAGAAACAUCGAAUGGCAACGGAAGCUUGGGGAAUGGAAAGAAAAACUAACAAGUCAACGCCACCGAUGAGACCACAAACUCAAAAAGAAUAUGAAGCUGAACAAUCAGUGAUACGUGAAGUAGUAGAUCCAGUGGAUGGACGUAAAAGAUUGAUUAGAGGUUCAGGGGAAGUAAUUGAACGUAUUGUAUCAAGGGAUGAACAAAAAAGGAUUAAUAAACAGGCUACAAUGGGAGACGCUGUACGAUAUCAUAUGAAGUGGACAAACAAGGUUUAA